UCACCCAGGUGCAGAGCGAGCUUGAAAGAGACAGCGGAAGAACUUUCCCGGACCGCGCUGUCGCUCACCGGCCCACACCAAUCACCACGCACUUUGCCCUCGGGGCCCUCCUCUUUGUGGGGCGUGUCCCUAGUGAGUGAUAGACAGAGCCGCCCGGCCCCGCUCAGCCCAGCCCACGUUGCUGCUUAGAUUGAAAUGCAGAACUCAAGCCUCUUUCAUCAGGGCACAGACUUCCUUUUACUCCUUCCUUUUGCACUCUCGCCGCCUCCUCUUGGGGAGAAGCGGAGGCACCCGCAGCACGGGGCAGCGACAGGCUGGGCCACUGAGGCCGUGCGAAAAGUUUCUUUCUGGGAGCGCGGAACUGGGGUCCGGUUGGUGUGCUGUUCGGAGCAAUGGAGCCAGCCUUUGGGGAGGUGAACCAGCUGGGAGGAGUAUUUGUGAACGGGAGGCCGCUGCCCAACGCCAUCCGGCUUCGCAUCGUGGAACUGGCCCAACUGGGCAUCCGACCGUGUGACAUCAGCCGCCAGCUACGGGUCUCUCACGGCUGCGUCAGCAAGAUCCUGGCGCGCUACAACGAGACAGGCUCGAUCUUGCCAGGAGCCAUCGGGGGCAGCAAGCCUCGGGUCACCACCCCCACCGUGGUGAAACACAUCCGGACCUACAAGCAGAGGGACCCCGGCAUCUUCGCCUGGGAGAUCCGGGACCGCCUACUGGCGGACGGCGUGUGUGACAAGUACAACGUGCCCUCCGUGAGCUCCAUCAGCCGCAUCCUGCGCAACAAGAUCGGCAACUUAGCCCAACAGGGCCAUUACGACUCAUACAAGCAGCACCAGGCGGCCCCGCAGCCGGCGCUGCCCUAUAACCACAUCUACUCUUACCCCAGCCCCAUCACAGCGGCUGCCGCUAAGGUGCCCACGCCGCCUGGGGUGCCCGCCAUCCCCGGCUCGGUAGCCAUGCCGCGCACCUGGCCCUCCUCCCACUCCGUCACCGACAUCCUGGGCAUUCGCUCCAUCACCGACCAAGUGAGCGACAGCUCCCCCUACCACAGCCCCAAAGUGGAGGAAUGGAGCAGCCUGGGCCGCAACAACUUCCCGGCCGCCGCCCCGCACGCGGUGAACGGGCUGGACAAGGGAGCCCUGGAGCAAGAAGCCAAGUACGGUCAGGCACCAAACGGUCUCCCAGCUGUGAGCAGUUUUGUGUCAGCAUCCACCAUGGCUCCUUAUCCUACCCCGGCCCAAGUGUCGCCUUACAUGACCUACAGCGCUGCUCCUUCUGGUUAUGUUGCUGGACAUGGGUGGCAACAUGCCAGUGGCACCCCACUUUCCCCCCACAACUGUGACAUUCCUGCGUCGCUGGCAUUCAAGGGGAUGCAGGCAGCCAGAGAAGGUAGUCACUCUGUGACAGCUUCUGCACUCUGAUGGAAAAUUCCGUCUGCAACAGCUUCACCCGGGUCCCCUCUCUCAGCACCCCCUCCCCCCUUCCCUGGUCUCGGAUCCCACCCCUCCUGCCCUCCAACCCUCCUGCCUGGACAGCUGGCUUUAUGGACUCAUCUCCUUUGUGCUGAUGACAAUUAAAUAUUUCUUGCCAUAACUUCUCUCUCACAGAAAACCUGACAUGACUUUCGGAUUUAAAAACAAAAGCAUUAUUAAGGACUGAAUGAGACAUUUCUGCUGCCCACACACUGUUUUAAUGUAGUGAAGAAACCUGCACCCCUCAAAGGGCUUAAGGAACUUUUUAAAUUAGUCUUUGGUAAAACCACAUGUGUAUAUUUAUUCUAAAUCAAGCUAAACUUUUGAAAUGUGCAAUUGUAAAGAUUUUGCAAAAUCAAUAAAGGAAAAUACAUAUAGAAAAAAAAGUUAUGCUACACCCUCUAAUCAAAUAAGGUGACCAAAUAAGCCUUAAUUCAUCAUUAGGAAACCAAUCAGCAAUUGAUUUGUUUGAGUGAUCCUUUGUUUAUUUCUAAGAGAUGACCUGUUUUGUUGGAGAAUAUAUGUAUAACACAAGCAGUGUCUGAAUUUAGCUCCUCCUGGUGUUUUGACUUGGUUCCAAAUACGAUAAUGUUUAUAUUUUCUAUUAGUUUGUAAAUAAUGGACUCUGGAUGGUGCAUUUGUGUUUUCAUUCCAUGGGAUACCCCCUCCCCCUCUAUUCUUUCUUUCUUCUGCCAAGGUGACUUUCUGGCAAUGUCUUUGUCUCUGUUUGGUGGUGGGCCCCUUGGGCUCCUGGACCUGGACUUGCCCCAAAUUCUGUGUGUGCAGCGAAGGCUUCAACAUCCCAUGAAGGACAUUUUCUUUCUACAGCAGAGGAUUCAAAACCAGAUCAAACAAGCCAGUCUCCCAUUUUGUAUUCUAAUCAAACAACACACAUGCCAAACAUAAAGACAAGAGGGUGGAAAAUAUCUGAAACAAGAAGGCUCUAAAGAAAGUCACUUAGAAACUUAAGUUUAAUGUGAAAUGCUUUGCAAAGACACUUAAAAUGAACUUGAUGUUAAGAAAACCACUGUGAACCUAAAUUGUACUGUUAUUGUUGGCUUACCUGUGUGUUCAGUAAUCUCAGCCCAAAAUUAUGUUGUAACUUAAAGACAAUGGAAAAUUCUGCUCUAAUGAAUGUAAAAAUGGCUUGCUGUGAAGUUUACAUUGUUGUACAGAAGCAUGUUUCACAUGUAGGUAAACUGGUGGUGGUAUUAGGAAUACAAAUGCUAUUUAAUUUUUAAAAAUUCCCUUUAUUCAUUUCUGGAUUUACAGGACACAGUUUAA